AUUAAUAAUUAGUUGGCGAAAAGAAGCUCAGCGUGAAGCAUGAGCAGAGCAACUCCAAGGAAGAUGAAAGCAUAUGCUAUUGUUCUCAUAGCUUGCGGUUCAGUAGCCGUAGCAAUUGUAGUGUUGUGCUGUCUUUGCAAGGGUGGAAGCAAAAGGAAACUCCCUGCUGUUCAAAGGAGUACUGCAGCUCCCCAGUCAGCGCAGCAAACGUAUAGUGAUAUGGAAAAGGGCCAAACCUCCAAAAGCAGUGGCUCAAAAGACGGUAAAAUGGUGAUUUUAGCAGGAGCGGGCGCUGCUAUAGCCACUACUUCUAUUGUAACUGCAAGCAGUGGUGGUUGGAACAGUGGCGGUGGAGGUGGCGGGGGCGGUGGUUGUGGUGGUGGCGGCGGCUGUGGGGGCGGUGGUGGUUGUGGCGGCGGCUUUGAAGGCCAGACUGAUGUAGCUUCGUAUGAUGUUAUAGACACCAAAGAAAGGAGCUCUCAGUGUGGAGGAGUAUAUUCUCAAGAUGCAAGCAGAGCAACUCCAAGGAAGAUGAAAGCAUAUGCUGUUGUUCUCAUAGCUUGCGGGUCUGUAGCCGUAGCAAUUGUAGUGUUGUGUUGUCUUUGCAAGGGUGACGGCAAAAGGAAACGCCCCGAUAUUCAAAGGAGUACUGCAGCUCCCCGGUCAGCGCAGAAAACGUAUAGUGAUAUGGAAAAGGGCCAAACCUCUAAAAGCAGUGACUCAAAAGAUGGUAAAAUGGUGAUUUUAGCAGGAGCGGGUGCUGUUAUAGCCGCUACUGCUGUUGUAACUGCUAGCAGUGGCUGUGGUUGUGGUGGUGGCGGCGGCUGUGGGGGCGGUGGUGGUUGUGGCGGCGGCGGUUGUGGCGGCGGUUGA